AUGUCUGAUUAUUCAAUUGACUCAAUUGAUACCAAACCUUUUCAAGAUCAGAAACCAGGUACUUCAGGUUUAAGAAAAAAAGUUAAAAUUUUUAAACAACAACAUUAUACUGAAAAUUUUAUUCAAUCAAUUUUAGAUGCAAUUCCUCAAGGUGCUAAAGAUUCAACUUUGGUUGUAGGUGGUGAUGGUAGAUAUUAUAAUGAUGAAGUUAUACAAUUAAUUAUUAAAAUUUCGGCAGCAAAUGGAGUUUCAAAAUUAAUUCUUGGUGAAAAUGGUAUAUUAUCAACCCCUGCUACUUCUCAUAUUAUUAGAAUUAAAAACGCAACUGGUGGUAUUAUAUUAACUGCAAGUCAUAAUCCAGGUGGACCGAAUCAAGAUUUAGGUAUUAAAUAUAAUUUACAAAAUGGUGGUCCAGCUCCUGAAUCAGUUACAAAUAAAAUUUAUGAAAUUUCAAAAAAAUUGACAAGUUAUAAAUUAAUUGAUUUACCAAAAGUUGAUAUAUCAAAAAUUGGUUCUACUAAAGUAGGUCCAAUUGAAAUUGAAAUUAUUGAUUCAACUAAAGAUUAUGUUGAAAUGUUGAAAGAUAUAUUUGAUUUCCCAUUGAUUAAAGAAUUUUUAAAAACCAGUACUGAAAAAUUCAAUUUUAAAGUUUUAUUUGAUGCUUUAAAUGGUGUUACAGGACCUUAUGGUUAUGAAUUAUUUAUUAAAGAAUUUGAAUUACCAGAAUCUUCAAUUCAAAAUUUCAAACCAUUACCAGAUUUUGGUGGUUUACAUCCAGAUCCAAAUUUAACUUAUGCUAGAACAUUAGUUGAUAGAGUUGAUAAAGAAAAAAUCUCAUUUGGUGCUGCCUCUGAUGGUGAUGGAGAUAGAAAUAUGAUUUAUGGUGCUAGUACUUUUGUUUCACCAGGUGAUUCAGUUGCUAUUAUCUCUGAAUAUGCUAAAUCAAUUCCUUAUUUUAAAAAACAAGGUAUAUAUGGUUUAGCAAGAUCAAUGCCUACUUCUGGUGCUAUUGAUUUAGUUGCAAAAGAACAAAAUUUAAAUUGUUAUGAAGUUCCAACUGGUUGGAAAUUCUUUUGCUCCUUAUUUGAUGCUAAAAAAUUAUCAAUUUGUGGUGAAGAAAGUUUUGGUACUGGUUCAAAUCAUAUUAGAGAAAAAGAUGGUUUAUGGGCUAUAAUUGCCUGGUUAAAUGUAUUGGCAAGUUUUAAUAAAGAAAAUCCAGAUAUUCCUCCUUCAAUUAAAGUUGUUCAAGAUAAAUUCUGGGAUAAAUAUGGUAGAACUUUUUUUACAAGAUAUGAUUAUGAAAAUGUUUCAAGUGAAGGUGCAAAUAAAAUUAUUGAAUUAUUGACUAAAAUUGUUAACGAGCAUAAACAAGGUGAUGAAUUAGCAAAAGGUUAUAUUAUAAAAGAAGGUGAUAAUUUUUCAUAUACUGAUUUAGAUGGUUCAGUAUCAAAAAAUCAAGGUUUAUUUAUUAAAUUUGAAAGUGGUUUAAGAUUUAUUGUUAGAUUAUCAGGAACGGGUUCUUCCGGAGCAACAGUUAGAUUAUACUUAGAAAAACAUUCUAAUGAUUCUUCAAAAUAUCAAGAAAAUGUUGAUGUUUAUUUAAAAGAUGAAAUUGAAUUUGUUUUACAAUUAUUGAAAUUCAAAGAAUUUUUAGGUAAAGAAGAACCUGAUGUACGUACAUAG